AGCGUCGAGUACGAAAGUGACGCAGUAACGACACCACCGUCGUCGUCGCCGACGCUGAAAGACAGUUGCUCACGGAGAUAGAGCACUUUUGUUCCCGCGUGUGCGUGCACCCGUAUGCUUCGAACAUUCUUCACGAACAUUCCAAGUUGCUCGACGUCGCUUCGAGACGACGAGCAUCAUGCGGAGGCGCCAAACCCUCCGCUCCAGGACAACGCGGACACGUUCAAUCAUCGAGACGUUGACCAGUGGAGGAUGCACCAGGAUUCGUCGCGACAGGAGAAGCAUAAGAUUCGCCUGCUGCGACGAUGGAGCGACAUGCCACAGCACCUGCAGUUCAAUCCUCACAUACGAACCGGUUACAGGCCGCUCAUGACUAUCAAAGGAUGUCUCGCCAGUCUGUUUUACAUCCACAAUGAGACAGUUAAUAUCAUGACGCAUGGAUUUGCUAUCUUGUACAUGUUAGUAACAAUUCCGCAACUUCUUCCAUGGAGUACCAAAGGCACACUCGUAGGAAUUUUAUCUUGGUGCCAUUUAAUCGGCGCAGUUAGUCCAUGGAUCGGCUCCUUCGUUUAUCAUCUCUUUAUGAAUUUAAAUUAUAACGAAAUCUUCUACAGAACUCUAUUAAAAUUAGACAUGAUAGGCAUAUGGCUGUGUCAGAGUUUCGGAGCAAUACCUAUGAUGGCAGCAACAGUUCACUGUUUACCUGAUGGCUGCUGGUAUUGUUGUAUUUUUAUCUACUGCUUCCUUUGUAUUUGGGGACUACUUCAGGCAAUGCACGCGCGUUCUCCAUGGGAGAGAAGGUUAUGUUUCGCGCCCCCUUUCCUCAUGAGAAUGAUGGUAAUGACUCUACGAUGUUUUGGCAUUGGUGGUGGUUCUCCAGAUGCUUUACUUCAUAUUGUACUACAAGACCUCAUAUCCGUUGUGGGAGCAACUAUAGGCGCUUUACGUAUACCUGAGAAAUGGAUCCCAGGAAAAUUGGAUUUUGCAUUGAAUUCUCAUAACUUGAUGCACGUGCUGGUUGUCCUGGCGGUUUGUUCGAUGCACGCCGCAACUUUGCAAGAUCUCGUAUGGUUGUCCGAUCCGUCUGUAUGCAAUAGAACGAACAUUGUCCAGUUGAAGCACGAUGAACUGUGAUCGAAUGGUGUGUGAAAACCCUUUAAUGAAGUCUGUGAUAAAUCGAGCCUACAACAACCGCCAGUUACUUAUGUAGGUACUUUGCAAUCGACCAGAAAGUUUAGCG